UUGAUCGAUAUGGUAUUGUUUCUUUCUUUUAGUAAGCGUGGGUGCGGAGAAACUAUAGUCGCGGGGAGGCAUUUUUCUUCGUUGAUAUAAAGAAGGGUCGUUGCUCCUGCUGGAUUGCUUAUCACCGGCGCGCAUCGGAAGUAAACCCGUGGAGUUACUAUUGGAUAAAUUUCUCCGGUAGUUCCCCCUCCUAAACUGUUGAGUGCUGUGUAAAAUGACGGCUGUAGUGGAGACUUCGGAGGAAGACGCCACUCUUGCUGUGGCUCGUUUCACUGCAGAAAUGGCGUGGGCUGAUGCAGGUCCUGAAGUCUCAGAACCUCAGGUGAUGCGUUGUUGUGAUGAGGCCCAAACCUUCAUGGUGGAAGGCAGAUGGUCGGAUUUGGCAUCACUUUUGCUCACUUCAGCUGACCUGAUAUUUUCCAGCUCCUCAGAAAAAGAUCUGGACUGUAUUUUUACAGUCAUAUGCAACCUUGUAACUAAAGCGCAAACCCCAGAUGAAGCACUGGCUAUGGCAGAACAGAUAGCAACAAAAGUCACUCAACAACCCAAUGACAAACCUGCCUUGCGCUUGAGAAUAUUAUUCAAUCUGUACAACAUGCUUGACAAUCGAUAUAGCAAAUUCCUGGUUUACAAAAGAGCACUUAAACUGGCGGCCAAUGGGAGAAUUGCAGACCUCAUUAUUCCUUCGUUCAAAAAGAUGGAUAUUUUCUUGAAAGAGUGGAAUAUAGCAAAAAGUGAUCAGCGAGAGCUUUUUUUAACAAUUUCUAACAUUCUGAAGGACAAUAAAGGUUCAGCAAAAGAUUCUUACUCCUUCCUUAUAAAGUACUUAGCAACGUUUGAUGGUGAGGAUGCUUACUCCAUGAGUGAAGCAAAGGAAGAAGCAGUGAGGGCCAUAAUAGAAUUCGUUAAAGCACCUGAUAUGUUCCAGUGUGACUUACUAGAUAUGGCUGCUGUGGCACAACUUGAGAAAGAUGGAAAAUAUGCUUUGGUUUACCGCUUGCUGCAAAUUUUCCUUACCCAACGCUUAGAUGCCUAUUUGGAGUUCGAAGCUACGAAUUCUGCUUUGUUGAAAAGCUAUGGUAUUGUUCGAGAUGAUUGCAUAACUAAAAUGCGAUUGAUGUCUUUUGCGGAUCUUGCUUCAAAAGGUUCUGGGGAAAUUUCUUACAGUUCUGUGAGGGACACAUUACGGGUGACAGAUGAUGAGGUAGAGUUUUGGAUAGUUCGGGCAACAAGUGCAAAGCUGGUAGAUUGUAAGAUGGAUCAAAUGCGCCAAGUAGCAGUUGUCAGCCGAUCCACUGAGCGAGUAUUUGGACCUGCACAAUGGAAUGAACUGCACUCAAGACUGUCACUUUGGAAGGACAAUAUUACAAAUAUUAUUAGAAACAUUCAGAAGGUGAAUGCUGCUCCUGAACAGGUGCCCGAAGCAAUGCAAGGAGUGGCAGUUCAAUAAGCUUGUAUUUUUCAUUUUUUGCUGUCUAAAAUCUAUUUUGGAUUUUCUUGGAUCAGUAAAAAGAGCAGAGUUACAUUCAGGAUCAGUAAUAUUAGGCCAUAACAAAGAAGGUUUUCGAUUUAGAAUUGCUGUUUUACAGGCUUAAACAGAAAAGCUAAAUAUGGGUAGUUAUAUGUUGGGAUGCGAAGAAAUUGAUUUUUGUUCUGGACAUGUUCUUUGUGAUUAGCCUCUUGGCCUUGGUACGAAAAUUGGGUUUCUGCCCUUAUUAAUCGUGUAUUCCUAGAAAUGGAAUGCUGAGGUAUGUAGCAUACCUUUUUUAGUAAUUUCAAACAUUUUUUUAAUUUAAUUAUGGAAUUCUUAAUGAACCAACAUUUCAGCUCA